ACAGGCCCCAAGGCCCCUCGCGGGCUUUACGACAGGGCCGUGGUGCCGGACGGCGAGUCGGGGACGGCGGGGCCCCGAGCCGUGUCCGGUCCGGCCGCUUCCCGCCCGCAGUCGCAGGGCUCCGCCGGGUCAGUCAUGGCUACUACUAUGAUAGCAGUUGGUCUGACAAUAGCUGCUGCUGGAUAUGCAGGUCGUUAUGCAUUACAAGCUAUGAAGCAAAUGGAACCACAAGUAAAACAAGCCCUUCAGAGUCUGCCAAAAUCUGCCUUCAGUGGUUAUUACAGAGGUGGAUUUGAUCCCAAAAUGACCAAACGGGAAGCAGCUUUAAUAUUAGGAGUGAGUCCUACAGCCAAUAAAGGUAAAAUUAGGGAAGCUCACAGACGGAUCAUGCUUUUGAAUCAUCCAGAUAAAGGUGGUUCUCCCUAUGUGGCAGCCAAAAUCAAUGAAGCUAAAGAUUUACUGGAAGGCCAAGCUAAGAAGUGAAUGUGGAUAUUUAGUUGUAAAUUAAUGGUUUAGUUUAUGUAUAUUAAUAUCAGUUUUGAUAACUGACCCAAGGAAAGUUGACACCAAUCAUCUUGGUUGCAUCAUGUAUAUCUUGUUUUGAGGAGGGUGGGGGCUUACAAAUAGUACUUUUUCAAAAGUGAUUCUAAGCCACUAUCUCUAGUAGUGGUACAAUUUACCUCUAAUUCAAAGUAUUUUUCCUAGGAUGACAUGGGAAAUAUUGUGAUUUGGUCUGGCUGAUCUAUAUUCAGACAAAUGGCCUGACAGUCUUGAGCACUCUGAAAAUGUUGAAUUUCUGUUUAACCAGGUACAUCUGUUUGAAAUUCAUGCUGCUAUGGCUUAAUAUCCCAAAGUUAGCAAGAUGAUACUAAUAAGAGAAAAGGCUGGGUUGAAACUACCUAAGGAAAAUCAUGGGGAUUUAUUUGCACAAUAGGAAUAAAGCAUUUAGAAAUUCUUAGUUACAUUAAUGCGACGUGUAAAAUGGAGAAAGUGGAAUGUACUGAAUUCUCUUGUAAGAUAACUUGUAUUAACUUUCAAAAACAAGUUGGACAUGGUCAGUGCUAUUAAUUUGUCUCGAUGUAUUUUUUACUUAUUUCUACACAGAUUUUCAUUAUUUUUACUGACUCCACCACAUUUAAAUAAAAUGACAAACUUAUACUUGUAGUAAGUACUAAAAUUUCAUAAUAUACUAAAGCCUUACAGUAUAUGAUGCUUAUCUUAAAAGAAUAAGGUAUAGUACUCUUAGGAUAACAACACUGAAGUUUGUAGUACGAAAGGGAAAGUGGGAAUUUUACUUGCAUGAGCCUUUAAGAUAGAGGCUUAGAUUCAACGUAACAAGGACAACAAUUUUUUUUUAAAUGAGAAAUUGUAAAGGAGUUCCCUCCAAAAAAACUAUCCAUUCUCCCUUGGUAGAGAAAACAUUGCAUUACAGCACAGAAGUUAUGUUGUCUAUACAUGGAUGAGAGUUCAGACAACUUUUAGCUUCUCUAAGUCUAAUAUGCUUGUAUUGUGACCAAACUGAGAUCUUUUCAACCUCUCCCUGGGUCGCUCUGAUCCCAAUCUGCAAAAAUGUAUGUCUGUUUUUCAUUGUGUUUGGGAGUAUCAUCACUGAAAUUCUGUGCAUUAAGAAAUCAAAGAUGGAAAACCAGAACUACUGAAUUGUUUUUAAGAGUAUUUAACAAAAAAAUAUAGAAAACAAGCAUCAAGAUUUAUCUAUACAGUACUUCAAUCUGUUUGUCCAGGUAUUUCCCAAACUUAAACACACCAAUCUGCAGGUCCAGCUGUGAUAUCUCAGGGUAUUAAAAAAAUAAAAACUUUGUUAAUGGCUUUCAAAUCUACCUCUAUGCUUAACUCUUCUCCCUUAUGUCCAGGAUCACAUUUUUCUAGAUGUCAUACUACAUUCUUAAACACACAUCAGACGAGCUCAUCUUUCUCCCUUCAACAGUGCCAUUGUGACCACCACUACCUUCCCAAUUAAUUCUAAAGUAAACAACUGGAGUAUUUUGACUGACUACUUUCCUCCCUAGACAACUAUACUGUCACCAAAUCCUGGCACUUUUUUCUCUAGAACAUACUGAAAACAAUCCAUCCCUUCAGCUGAAAUGCAUACCUGUGUCUUGCUUAUCUCUUGCCUUGACUACUGUAGCCUCUCUAGCCUCCUUGUUGCCCAUCUCAGCUCCUCUGGCUAUAUAAAAUGCAGCAGUUAAAAUAAUGUCACCCACUGCUCAGAGCAUGUCCUUCCUCAAAUCCUUUGACUGGCCUGCAUUCAUGGAAUCAGGUUUAAGAUUGUCUUCUCUUUCAAGGCUCUGCACAACCACACCUACAUCUGCUGUGGUAUCUUUCUGCAUCCCUCUGGUCCACAUCACAAAAUAGUGACCUCAUUGCUCUACAUUUUCUAGUCCAUAUCAUUACUACUCCCAUGCCUGGAAUGGCCUCCCCUAUUCUGUGCCAGGCUUCCAUCCUCUAAGUCCCUCUUUAAACGCCUGCAAGCCACUGUCAAUAUUCCCAUCUAUAUAAAAAUAAGUUAUCACCUCCUCUAGAUCUCCAAGGCCCUUCUAGUCUAGAGGAUAAAAAACAGUAUUUUUAAAGUGUCCUAACUAAUGUUUUACAAACUCCUGUAUAGAGAGGUCAAGCUCAAUGUGUUAUCUAGGUCUUUCCUAGGAGAGAACCUAGGGUUCAUCUCAACCAAUUAAUAAGUAAAGCAGUUAGUACUAAAUUACAACGUCAAUAGUCUGAAAUAUCUUGAGUUACUUUAACUAAGCCAUCUUUCUGAUUAAAGGAAACUAAGUAACCAAUGGAAGAUCAAAGUUUAUUUUUUUCUACCAGCAUACAAAAACAUAUUGCACAUCAAACAACCAAAAUAAAAUACUCUACUAAGGACUAACAUAUGUAGUUUAUACAGAAUAAACUUUCUGGAAAUUGAUCUUUUCAGUAGUUCAGGUUAUGUCUUAAUGGACAUGACUAAUUCAGCUUAGUGUUUUAACUAAAGCUAUGUUUGAUUUUUAAAUACUGUACAGUUUAAUAAA